GGGGGCUGCUCCACGAAGUGUGCGGUGCCUGAGCCCCUCGGGUCACGGCGGUGAUGUGCACGGCGCCUCCACCCCCCCCCAGUCCCCACUGCGCCCCUUCCCGGCACCAUCGCACGCCCUGCUCUCUCCCUUUAAAGCGAGAGGAGGAGCGAAGGGAAGAUGAAAUUACCGCAGUGGAUUUUAUAAUUGACUCUCGCAUCCAGGUCGGAGGGGAGCUUUUGCUGGCAAGCCACUGCAGAGCCGCCCGGCCGCGUGAGACCCGCGUGAAGUACCCGCAGGACAGGAGAAACUCCGGCCCCCGCCGCUGACAGAAGUGCAACUCCGGCCCUUCCCCGCCCUGCCCCGUGCCGACAUGCAGCCAGCCACCGCCAGAGGCCGGGGCAGGACCCCCUGCCCGGCAGCCAGCAGGAGCUGCCCGGCCCGGGACCAGCCGCUGCCGAAAUAAGAGCGGGGAGCCCACCCGGAGCCCUCCUCCCCGCCGCCAGCCGCCCGCCGCCUCAGGCGCAGCCGCCAGGUCAACCCGCCGGGCCGGGGGCGCCAUGGCCCUGGCAGCACCCCGGCUGUGCCCCGGGGGCGGCCGGCCCCUUCCUCUGCUCCUUGCCACCGCCGAGCCCCGCGCCGGAGCCCCCCUGGCACAGCCUCUUCGCCGCGUCCUGCCGGGGGCCGAGAGCCCCCCUCCCCGGAGCGCCUGAGCCCCGGUUCCCCCCAUCGGGGCUCCCAGCGGAUCUGCAGCCCUCAGCACGCCGAGCUGCCCAGAAGGACGCCGAGAGCUCAUCUCCCCCCCCUGCUCCUGCUGCUACCCCCGGAGCCAGAGGAGGGCUCGUCCCUGGGGCUGGAGGCUUCUCUGUGGGAUUCACACCCCCGGCCGGUGGCCGUGCAUCAACCUACAGACCCCCGGGGGGCCAGCUGCAGAGUUAGAAGGAAACCCGGUGUCCGUCACGCUGUGGAGAGGUGAAAUAAACCCUGUACAACCAGCACCACCAGCCCAAGCCUUCCUGCCUUCUUGCAACCAACUUUACCCCGCACCCCCCAGCCGUGAGAUUUCCCUCCUUUCCUCCUCCCUCCGCUCUCCUUCCCUGGGAGGCUGCAGGAUGAGGCUCUUCCUUCUGCCUGCCUCAGGGUGAAGGCGUACCCUGGGGGCAGCACCGCACAUCUGGCAGGGACUUGAGAGGUUUUCAUCCAGCCUCCGCUGCAAUCAACAAUGGCCAAUGAACCGGUGAUCCUCAAUGUCUAUGAUAUGCUCAGCAAGUGACUGACAUGUUCGCUUCAGCACAGCUUCCUCCUGAGACAACCCGUGGGCUGUGCCAAAGUGCCGUGAAGCGUUUGUUGCGUGUUCGGUCGCACACCAGCGGCAGAUUCUGCAGCACCCUGGAGAUGGGGUACUGGAUAAAUGAAUACACCUCCACCUUGGGGAUUGGUGUCUUCCACUCUGGCAUCGAGAUCUACGGCAGAGAGUUUGCCUAUGGAGGGCAUCCCUACCCUUUCAGUGGGAUUUUCGAGAUCACACCUGGCAGUGCGGUAGAGCUUGGCGAGACCUUUAAAUUCAAAGAAUCCAUUGCCUUGGGCACCACAGACUUCACAGAAGAAGAUGUGGAUAAGAUCAUGGAAGAACUGGGCAAGGAGUACAAAGGCAACGCGUACCAUCUGAUGCACAAGAACUGUAAUCACUUCUCUGCUGCUCUGGCUGAGAUCCUGUGUGGGAAGGAGAUCCCCCGCUGGGUGAACCGCCUGGCCUACUUCAGCUCCUGCAUCCCCUUCCUCCAGAGCUGCCUCCCAAAGGAGUGGCUGACGCCGGCAGCCCUGCAGAGCCACAUCAGCCUCGGGCUCCACAAGGAGGAGCAGGGGGACACAACGGAUGAGGAGUCCCCCUCCACCUCUGCCACCCCCUCAGCCUCAGGCACCUCGCGAACCUGUAGACAUACCCGGGUCUAAGCUGUGCCCAGUAUGCUCUCUAAUAACGUUCUCCUCUCUCGUGUACUAUUUCUUCCUCGCUCACCCUUUCACACACCUUGGUUUCUCUGUUUUCUUCACCUGACAACGCAGGGGAAGGAAGACCCCUACUGAGGAGGAGAAGCUUCAGACCCUUUUCAGAGGGCUGCCACGACAGUUGCUUGCCAAAACGAUUGUGAACUCCAACGCUGAGCUGAGAGGUGUGGCAACUAAGCUGGAUUCUCCUCCCGGGAUCCUCAUGCUCCUCGAUCCAUGGAGAACUGCUGACUCUCUCAGGCAUGAGAGCACACAUAGGGACGGGGGGCACCAUACUGUGACGUUCCUCCUCUGGAGCAGUUUUAUCUUUUUAUCUCUUCCCCCACCCACUUAAGCCCAGCAGCCUCCACUCUAUUUUGGCUGGGGUUGCCAUUCCCAAAUGGCAAAUCUCCUGCCCACACCCAGUGAAGGAGGCAGAGCCAGAACUCAACCUCAUCUCUUAGACCAGCAACAAGCUCCACUCAGCCCCAUCCCUUUUGUAAUUAUCAGGUUUCUAACUCACGUGAAGGACAAAUGAAAGGUGCUGCUGUUCUACAAACACCAGUUUUCAGUACUCAAGUUUAAGAGCUCGAAUGACAGUCCUGCUCUUGAAAAUAACAAAGAGAACCUAGAAAAUGAAUGUGUUACCAUGGCUUUUCUUUGGGGUCAAAAGAAAAAAGGAUGGGGCUAGUGCAUAAAGGCAGCUGCUAAGUAGGUGCAGAGAUGACUGUUGUCCAUAUUGGUGCUUUUUGGCACAGACCCCUCUCAGUUCCCCUAUUUCUAGGCAGUGUUCCUGGUUUCCUCUUUUCCCCAGGCUGGCGAAUCUGUCUCCUAGCUGAUGGUUGCUGGCAGUCUUUGGGGGAAAUGGCCUUCUGGAGCAGUAAGGUGAGGAGAAGGAAUCUGCUGGGAAGACCAGUACUUCCUUCAGCUUGUUCUGCACUCACGAGACCUAAAAGGUGUCUCCCGAGCCACCCUUCCCCAGCCUAUUUUAAAGCCAACCCAAGAAGGUAACAAAUAAGUGGCGAACCCAAAGAACGUCACCACGUUUCCUUCUCCUCCCUUUCUGGAGGUGGAGGGGAAACCUAGGGCCACAUCAGGAAAGCAUGGAUGACCCUUCCCAUGCAUGGGCCACCAUGGUGCCUUCUGUUGUGUGCACUAUUUCAAUGGCAUGAAAAAUGGGCAGAGCUGGCUCACUGGUCUCUCCAGGCCGGCUCUUGACAAAAAUCUGGUCUUUGGAUCUUUUUCCACUCAUUCUGGUGGCUGAUAAGAAAGCUGAGGAGGGAGGAAAGGACACAUUCGCUAACUCUCGCACUCAGUUACCUCACUAGGAGUUGUAUUCAGAUGAUGUGGGAGAGCAUCAAAGGGGAAAUCCAGACCCCACUUUCUCCCUUUUACCUCCUCUUGGCCACACAAAGGAGGAUGAAAAAGGAACAGGCCCAGUGCUGACAGAAGGUGUCUGUUUUAGAAGUGCUGUUCUCAACAGCUGCUACCAAGUCAGGACUUCCUCCCUCCACCCAGAAAAACUACAAGCGCUGAAGAUGGGUUGUCUCCUUUCAUUGGUUGCUGUCAGACCAAGAGUGUGCUAAGUCCAACUGUUUCUUUAGCUCAGGUAUACAGAAGCGUGUGCUUUCAUGGCUGGCUAUGCUGUGCAUCGUGUCUGCACAGGCAGUGCUUAGUAGCUUGUUACAUGUGCACACUCUUCAUGAAGAAAGGCUUUGGUGAGAUAUACCAUAUGGAAAUACAACACACAGGUUGGUCUCACUCCACUGCUGCCUGGAGUGAUGUGUGUGUGUUUGGGCAACAAACCUUUUACAACACACCUCUCAUUUUUAUCCUCUGAACAAAUUGCUGCAAGUUCUGUACUGAACUAAAGUCAUGUUCCUUACUAACCUUGGCUACCCACAGCCAAUACUGCAUUGUGAGCAAUUCUGCAGCUCCUGGUAUCCAAUCCAGCACCAGUCUUGAUUACCCUGGCUUGUCCAGGGAUGUUUAAUAAGAUUUCUAUGCUGUUCUCCAUCCUGCUGCCCAGAAACAUUACACAAUGUACUGUUGUGUACUCCCUUCCCCUGCAGUCAUGGGCACUGUAGCCUGAACCAGCAGCGCAAGCUCCAUUUGUCUGAAGUUCCCAGGGUGCCUGCCAAUAGCCAGCAGCACAAUACGUGCAGGGAAUUUUCAAAUCUCUUUUUUAAAGUCCUUCUCUGGAGGAAAGUGAGAAAAGGCUUUCCCAGAGCUUCCAUGCAGGGCAGGGAAACUGCAGUCAGAUGCGCCUUGUUCCUGAUGUGGCAAAAGCCAGCCAGCCAGCCCUUGGGUUUCCAUUCAGCACCUGAGCGCCAUGUAAAACCUCAUGCACACACCUAGGAGAGAACUAUGGCCCCAGCAGCACGUUUCAUGAGGAAAACCCUCUCACAGUAGUUCACAAAGUAAAAUGUUUAACUGGCUGUAUUGUAACACAGACAAGAAAGGUGCACUCAACCUUCUUGGGGGGGACAUGACUAUGUGCUUGAAGCAUUGGGAGUAACGCUUGGGAAGAGCUGUCAGUGUCAUAAAAACCAGAUGUUUGUUUACCUACUUUUAUGUUUGUCAGUCUGUUUAUGGCAGUCGGGGUCAUAACAAGGAGGCAUGAAACCUCUGUCAUAAGUCAAAACCAGAAUAUAUUUCAGUCUUCAAAAAAGGUUUCUCCCCACCCCUCUCUGUUCAAGGUGAUUGACCAACAAUGUCAAGAACAAAGGGACACUGUGGAAAUAAAAUAUAUAUUGGUGAUAGCUUUAUCUCUGUAAUUUAACAGCAUUUUAGAUUAUUAAAAAUGAAAACAUUUUUAAGUCUAA